AUGCCCGACAACGAAACGAUACUCCAGGCUGCACGAAGCCUGUUCGCUCAAUACCAGGCCAACGAGACCUUCACAGCCCUGCCGGGUCCCUGGAGCAUAGAAACCAUUCCGGAAGCCUACGCCGUGCAGCGAGAGUACCUAAGAUUCCUGGCCGAGGAUCAGGGCAAGCUUGCGGGCUACAAACUGGCCUACACCACCGCCACCAUGCAGCAGCGGGCGGGCUGGCAUGAGCCUUGCGCCGGGGCCCUGAUGGCUACCACCAUCUACCAAUCCCCAACAACUUUGAAGGGAGCCUCUUACCGGCGGCUGGGAAUGGAGUGCGAGGUGGCCGUGGAACUGGCUGACGACCUGCCGGCCUCGGGCGCUCCAUACACUCGGGACUCUGUGGCCGAGGUCGUAGGGGCGGUUAUGGCGGCCUUCGAGGUAAUCGACAUGCGCCUGCCUGAAGGGAUGGACGGUCUAGAACGGACCCUGACCUCGGUGGCUACCAAUAUAUCCAAUGCCGGCGCAGUUCUCGGCCCGCGGGUCACUGACUGGCGCAACCUGGACCUGCCCUCCGCUAAAGGCUCGGCUACCAUUAACGGUUUGGAGGUUGGGGCAGGGUACGGUUCAGAUGUUAUGGGCCAUCCUUUCGAACCCCUGGCCUGGCUGGCAAACAAGCUGGCGGCGGAAGGGGAGAGCCUGCCGAAAGGAACCAUCGUUAUCACCGGCAGCAUCGUACCGCCCAAGUUCCUGGAGCCGGGCGACAAUGCCGUGGUGGAAGUGGAAGGAUUGGGCGAGGCGACUCUGAGGGUGGAGUAA